AUGUCGGACGGCGACAGAAUGAUCACGUCACCCAGUGAAUCCGAAGUCGAGACACCACUUGAGAAUCCUUCAAGCUCCAUCCUCUCCCCACCCGACUCCCAGCAUCGCGAGCGUACCAUGCCCACCUCAGCUUCUGGCUCAUCCAUCGCAAACUCGAACGGAAAACGCCCCAUUCAAACUAUCUCCAACGGAAACGACGACGUCGAAGGUAGCUGUCUUGCGAAGAUACGCUUCUAGGAGGAGAGCUAAUGAUGGUGUCAGAGCUCGCCGCAAUGGCAAACGGAAAAGCACGACAAGAGAUGCCCACCAAGACACACGCUGCAAGCGGAUACACCUGGAUCCGAGCGGAGGAUGAGCCGGGAUACUCGUGGCGAAACAAGAACGCGCUGGACGAGGCUACUCGCGCCUGGGAUAGCAUGCAGCACCGGGACCGCAUGGUCAAGAGUAAGUAGUGACAUUUCCACGUGGGAGGCCGAAAAGAAAUUGCUCUGACAAGGUACCCAGAUAAGUACGGAGAUCCCUUCGAGGCCUACGAGAAGGAACAGGCGAUCGCUGCUAGUCUGAAGUAG